GCGAUGUCUGGUCGUGGCAAGACAGGUGGAAAGGCACGAGCCAAAGCGAAAUCUCGUUCUUCUAGAGCUGGGCUGCAAUUCCCUGUGGGCAGAGUUCAUAGGCUCUUGCGGAAGGGAAACUAUGCUGAGCGGAUUGGAGGUGGCGCUCCAGUUUAUUUAGCUGCUGUGCUUGAGUAUCUUAGCGCUGAAAUCCUAGAACUCGCUGGUAACGCAGCGAGGGACAACAAGAAGAGUCGAAUCAUCCCACGCCACUUGCAGCUGGCUGUGCGCAACGACGAGGAGCUAAAUAAGCUGUUGGGUGGUGUAACCAUCGCGCAGGGUGGAGUCCUGCCCAAUAUCCACGCAGUUCUGCUGCCUAAGAAGACUGAAGCCCUGCAUACUGCUGCCAGCAGCAAGCCGACUACCAGUGUGGGCAAGUCUGCCAGAGUGCCAAAAGUGACAGUCAAGCCUUCUGCCAAAAUGCCAAAAGUGGCAGCAAAGACUUCUGCGUCACUUGUUCUAGUAGUUGACUGA